AUGGACGCCCUUCAAUCCAACUACAUGGAUUCGCCGUCUGAGCCCCAAUCUCAACCAUUGAUUUCCUUUGACCACUAUCCAGAUCACGACAAUCACCCUCACUCCGGCUUGAAAACCCAACCUCAUCCCCCUGAGAAAACCCUGGAUUCGUCGGAAAACGAAGCCGCCGCUACCACCGCCGCCGAAGUUCCUACCCUGACCCCAAAGCCCGAUUUCUCCAAGCCGCUGCUGUCGGAGAACGGUCUAACAAACACGCACAGCGGAACCGACAAGGAUUUCUCCGGUGGCGAAGAGGAAACCAGCAGCCGUAGGAGACGUCGUUCUAGGUGGGACCCACCGCCGAGUGAAUCAACAAACGAGGGAGCCACCGGCACUGGUGACGGUAAUCUCGGGACCGGAGGUAGGAAGAGGAAGUCCAGAUGGGCAGAUGACGAGCCUAAGCCGGUGGUCCAGCUGCCCGAAUUCAUGAAGGAACUCACUGGAGGUAUUGAGCUCGAUCCCGAGAUUCAAGCUUUGAACAGUAGAUUGCUUGAGAUCAGCCGGAAGUUGCAAUCAGGCACAACUUUGGAUGAUAGGCCCGAGGGGGCUCGUUCACCCUCGCCAGAACCUAUUUAUGAUAACAUGGGAGUUAGGAUUAACACUAGGGAGUAUCGUGCUAGAGAGAAAUUAAACAGAGAGAGACAAGAGAUAAUAUCACAGAUUAUUAAGAAAAAUCCCGCCUUUAAGCCACCGGCAGAUUACAGGCCGCCGAAGCUUCAAAAGAAGCUUUACAUUCCAAUGAAAGAGUAUCCAGGUUACAAUUUUAUUGGUCUCAUAAUUGGUCCAAGAGGAAACACGCAGAAAAGGAUGGAAAAGGAGACGGGAGCAAAAAUUGUGAUUCGAGGCAAAGGAUCUAUUAAAGAAGGCAGGCUGCAGCAGAAGAGGGAUCUGAAGCAUGACCCAUCUGAGAAUGAGGAUCUGCAUGUAUUGGUGGAGGCAGAUAAUCAGGAAUCACUCGAUGCCGCUGCGGGUAUGCUUGAGAAGCUCUUGCAGCCUGUUGAUGAGGUACUCAAUGAGCACAAAAGGCAACAGCUUAGGGAGCUUGCAGCACUAAAUGGCACUAUUAGGGACGAAGAGUAUUGCAGGUUGUGUGGUGAGCCUGGGCAUCGGCAGUUCUCAUGUCCUUCCCGCUUGACGACGUUCAAGAGUGAUGUCUUGUGUAAGAUUUGUGGUGACGGUGGGCAUCCUACUAUAGACUGCCCGGUGAAGAAUACCACGGGAAAGAAAAUGGAUGACGAGUACCAGAAUUUCUUGGCUGAACUCGGUGGGACUGUUCCAGAUUCUCUGACCAAGUCAAGCCCUGCAGCAGCUCUUACCCUUCCUGGUAGCUCAGGGAGUAAUCCUCCCUGGGCAAACGGUACAAACACUUCUAAUAACACCACUCAAGCCGGUUUGGGGUCAAAUCCAAUAAAACCGAAGGAAUACGACGAGACCAACUUAUACAUCGGCUACCUGCCCCCUACCAUGGAGGAUGAUGCCCUGAUCAGCUUGUUCUCCCAGUUUGGUGAAAUUGUGAUGGCUAAGGUUAUCAAGGACCGCAUUUCUGGUCUCAGUAAAGGUUACGGGUUUGUGAAGUACGCUGAUGUCCAGCAGGCUAAUGCUGCCAUUGCCAGCAUGAACGGACACAAGCUCGAUGGGAGGCCAAUUGCUGUGAGAGUCGCAGGUAAACCACCUCAGCCUCAAGUGCCUCCGGGACCGCCUGCUCCUCCUGCGCCCACAUACCCUGCCCCUAGCCAGCCCAUUAGUGCCUACCCUUCCCAGUACUAUUCUGGCGGGCCCACUGGGGGCCCACCCUCUGGAGUCUAUAGUGGGGCUCCGGUUCCCUGGGGCCCACCCCCGCCUCCUCAGUAUGCCGCCUAUCCCCCGCCCCCACCACCUCCAGGAUCAAUGUCUUAUCCUCCACCACCUCCAUACGGAAUACAAUAUCCCCCACCUCCACCAGGUUCGUCUGGCGUGCCUACGCAGACUGUUUUAUCUACUGAUACACAACAGAGUUAUACUUCUUCAGGCGAAACACAGCAAAGCUAUGUCUAUGGCAGUUCGGUUACUACAAUGCCACUACACGGUCAGGUUCCAUAUCCACCGCAUCCAUAUAGCUAUCCACCUCAGUAUGGUGCUGUGCCUCCUCCUCCUCCUCCUGCCGCUAUGACUCAGUCCACUGUGGACCAUACUCAGAGCUUGAGUAAUGCACCCUGGGCCUCAAAGCCACUGGUGCCUCCGCCACCAUCAUCUGCUGAGAAGACGGACUCAGAAUACGAGAAGUUCAUGGCGGAAAUGAAAUAA